CGUGUCAAUGCUUUGUAACUUCCGGAUGGCACAUCAUAUUAGAAGUGUCCGAUGCUCUGGUGAACUAAAAGCCUGGACGGGGACUGAAGAAACCCUCAGUGAGGGGGAAGAUGGUCAGUCAGAACAUGUGCACUGGGAAGACAGCUGCUCUUAUUGCCCUUGGAGCAGGUGCAUCGCUUUUCUUCCGAGGAGGCAAAGAGCAGAUUGACCAAGCAGACAUGGAGUCCCCGAUAUGGGGAGAAAGAUAUUUUCUAACCCGGGCAGUGCUCUGCCUCACCGCCGGGGUUUCCCUCUUCGCCUUGGGCUGGCUCUACAAACUUCUCUUCUGCCCCUUGGAGCUGCUGAAAGCUCACGAUGAGGUGGGAUACAUCGCCGAGGACGGUCGCUCCAGAGCCCGGGCUGCAAACGAGGUGCGCCGCAGGCGGAAAGUCGGAGACCUGCCUCCGGUUUAUCCGAACGGCUGGUUCCGAGUGCUGGACUCACACCUGUUGGAGAGGGGCGAGAUCAAAAAUGUCACUGUUGUAGGGGAGCAGGUGGCAGUGUUUCGGGGCCAGGAUGGGAAGGCCUACGUGUUGGAUGCCUACUGUCCUCACCUGGGUGCAAACCUGGCCGUGGGAGGACGAGUGGUGGGAAGCUGCAUAGAGUGCCCCUUUCAUGGAUGGCAGUUUGAUGGGAACAAUGGAAAGUGUGUGAAGAUCCCCUAUGCAGAAAAAGUGCCAGAGUUUGCCACAGUGCGCAGCUGGCCCAGCUGUGAGGUCAACGGCCAGAUCCUGGUUUGGUUUCACUGUGACGGAGUCGAACCUCAGUGGACCGUCCCCGAGCUGCAGGAAAUCACACAGGGCGACUGGGUGUAUCGGGGGAGAACUGAACAUCUCAUCAAUGCUCACAUACAGGAAAUUCCUGAAAAUGCAGCAGAUAUCGCUCACCUUAAUUGCCUGCAUGUGCCAGGUAUUGUGAGCGGAGUAGAUCUCCGUUACACCAAAAGUAAGACCUGGGAGUUUUUACAGCAUGACUGGAAGGCCCAAUGGGAACCAGAGUCGGAGCCCAACAAGCAUUGUUCUAAGAUGUUGUUGAAACAUGCCAUCACCGUGUUUGGACGCCACUGCUCUCUGCUGGAUGUCAAUGUUGUGGCCAGACAGGUGGGUCCAGGAGUGGUGUUUCUGCAGUUUGAGCACAAUUUCCUGGGCCAGGGUGUCAUCUUGCACUGUGUGACUCCAGUAGAGCCUCUGCUGCAGUGUGUCUCUCACAUCAUCUUCUACCAGUCCAACAUCCCAGCUAUAGUGCCAAAGUUCAUCCUCAGAGCAGAGUGCACUCAGUUUGAGCGAGACGUGAUGAUCUGGAACAAUAAGAAGUACAUCUCCAAGCCUCUCCUGGUGAAGGAGGACUCAGCCAUCCAGAAGCACAGGCGCUGGUACAGUCAGUUUUACAGCGAGAACAGCCCGCGGCUGCAGCACCAGCGCGACACUUUGGACUUUUGACCUCACUGAACUACAGGAGGAGAGAUCAGCAGGAGAGACGUCAGGUCAGGGCUGACAUUAAUCAUCAGUCUCAGAGGGGAGAUUUGUAUCCCUCAAGCAUAAUGAAUUCAAGGACGAGAGGACACCUGAUUCGUUGUCAGAUAGGGCAGGGUGCUCUCCUGAAAGCCUUACCUUCAUUUUUUAAUUCUUCGUUCCAUAGGUAAUAUUACUUCACAGCUUUAUAUAUGCAAGUGCCGAUUGGUUUCGUGAAACUAGGUGUGUUGAUUCAGCUCAGAAAUGUGAGAGCUAAAAUUUAAAGCAAGCUUUACUAGAACUACAACUCCAUUGUUGUAACGCCAACUACACAAAAGAAAAUCAAAGCUCUGCAGAAUGUGAUCAAAUAUGUACACUGUCACUCUUAUUAUCACUCUAUAUAUGCUGAUAUAUCGGUAAUGGAUGUUUUUCCUUCCCCAACGUCAAUAUUGGUAUCGUCCCCAAAAAUCUCAUAUCGGUCAGGCCCUACUUUAAAGAUCACAUAUUAUGCUAAAUACACUUUACCAUGGUUUCUGAACACUAAUAUGUGUCCCUAGACUGUGGAAAAAGUGAAUUCUUUAAAACAGGCACUUACUUUAGUUAGACUGUGAGUAAAGGCAAAAGUUAUCUAACACAUUAAUGUAGGUCGAUAUUCACUUUUCCCAAUCGCUCUCUGCCGACUCGAGAGAAAAAUUAACUUGCUGCUUUGCUGCCAAACUCUCCAUUGUGUUCAUCAUCAGCAAGUCUCACUAAGUAAAGCAAGGGUCAAAACACGCAGAUUGAAAAGUUUGAACCUAGAGCUUUAUUUAUAUACAUUUCCAAAAUACUUAAAAGAUAAAGAAUAAACUAGAUAAAACAAAAGUGACUGGAGACCCCGACCAACAAGAACAAAAGAUGGGAAGUUGCUGAGCCAUUCCAACGUGUUGUCGCUCUCCGCACCUUAAAAACUACAAAUUACACUAACCAAAGCAAAACUAAACACCUAAAACAGGACUAUCAGUGGUCUCCAGCCAAUAACAUAAAUAACUAAAUCUGUGUGGAAAAAAGAAAAAUACCUGGAGGAAAAGGAGUAAAAGUUGGAAGGGGAUACAAAAGCCGCUCACCACAUGCUUCCCUUCCUGCUCCUCUAAGUCCCCCUCGUCCUCUCUGAGUGGUGUUCAGCAGGCAGAGGGAAGAAGAGAACGAGGGAAAGAGACACGUUACAGUCUCUAUGUUCGCACUGCAGGCAAAGGUGACCCAAAUCAAAUUUUGUAUUCUCAUAUGUGACUCAGAUCAGUUUUUUUUUUAAUGACAGUUUGAACAGUGUGGAUGUAGCAGCCGUCCUCAUCUGCUCAUAGAUUCCACUGAACAUCCAUUUCAGCAUGAAAUCGUAAACCAUAGGAUUCUGAUACAGGCCACUUUAAAAAAAAUAACCUGAACAGCCAAGCAAAAGAAAAUGGAUCUUCUUAAAUCUUCUUAUCUCAUCAUAAAAAAAAGAGGAGAUAAGCCUUUUUCCCAUAGUGUUUUUUUUUUUUUGUUCAGCCAUGCUGGAGCACACAGUCAUUUGUCAUUUUUUAAAUCUGGAACAUGGGCGACAAUAAAGUGUUUGAAUGUUGAAUGAUCAUAUACCUCUGAUACGACAUGAAAGGAAAUGAUUGACACAGAUUGAAUAGCAUUAAAACACUAAAUGACCAUUUGAAUAAUAAGUUGCAUAAUUUUUGCAAUUAUUUGACAAUUUAAAAAUAAACAUACAUGUAUAGGCAUAAAUAUAUGAGGAAAUGUAUAAUUAUGACAACAUUGAAAACCUUAAAAAAAAAUCCAGACCUGAUAAAAAAAACAAAAAAAAAACAUGGACAUUUCAGAAUUGGCGUGUGUUCAUUUUGAUACUCAUUUAUUCAAAUAAAAAAUGUGUUCCUGUCACUGCUCUAUUAGAUUUGCUCAUGAGACAGCAUCCAGUAGUUAUACAUGCAUUUUGAUUUUGUUUGUUUAUUCCUGAUGCACAAUGUCGAAACGCCUGAACAUUUUUGAUCAUGUAAAAUUAAAAAGCAUAAAAGCAUUGAUGUUCAGCCUGUGGUGAAGAGGUCGGUUAUGUGGUAUUACUUGGCAUUACAUACAUUUUCCAUUUGAUCAUCAGCCGGCCAAGAGAGAGGAAACAUGUAUACACGGUAACGACAACGCUCAAUGCCUUUUCAUAUAUCAGAUCAACACCUUUACUUCUGUUCCUGCUUAAUAAUAAAAUCUAUUUUUAUAAGA